GCUGACGUUGUAAAUAGGAGAGGACAAAGGUGUGCUCUUCCCUAUCGCAUAACUCCAGUAGGAAUCCAGCAGGUCCAGAAAACAGCACCAACAUUCUGUAAACGUGCUUUUCAACAAACCUCCCUAUUACGGUGUUUCAGUUCUACAGAAAAAAAAGGCUUACGACUUCUUUAUGAAAUGACAUUUAAAAUUAGCGCAAGCCGGGAAAAAAUCUUCUAAUAAUACGUCUAUGAUUUUUUAUCAUGCUCAAACAGGUGCGUGUCGACAUCAAGUGAACUUGGCACUACAAUAGAGGAUUUCAGUCACUGAUACGUCUCCAGGGAUCAACUAAACGUUUAAACGGGAGCAACACAUGGAUUAAUAGCUACAAAAAAGUUUGCUUCAUGGGAUUUUUCUUUAUUUUAUUUUCUCAUUGGGUUUUGUUCAAUUGACAACAAGUUUGAAUAACCUGAUUUUAUUAGGUGGUACCGAAGAAUGGCAGAAAGAAGUACCUGGUGGAAAUCCUUCACUCUCAGAAAGAAAAACAAGGACCCUGCAGCCACCCAGUACGAAGGGAAUCCGGAACUUCAAACAACACAGGACAAAACGUCAAUGGGCUUUACGUCGUCUUCGGACUCGCGGGAGAAUCAGAACCAAAAUUUAAUAAAAGAGCAAGAUUAUGAAGACUCGAACAUCGAGCCUGUUUUUAAUGAGAAGACUUGCCGAAGGAAUUUGAAAAUCUCCCGUUCAGGACGUUUCAAGGAAAAGAGCAGAGUGCGUGCAACACUACCAGCAAACAACAAUUUCUUCGAAGGCAGCAACGCUAGCGUCAAAGACUAGUCAUCAACCCAGUUCCUCUCAACCCAGACAUGUGUCAACCAAGAUGAAGGAAUAAUGUUUUUUUAGACGUUUUAUAAACCAUCCAUUCUGGAAUUGAAAUUACAUUUAAUACUCAGUGCAUAGCUGCUCAAUAUUUAAUGAUUUAAAUCAUUGUUGUGGUAUUUGUUAUCUAAGAAUAUGAUUGAAAGCUCAUUUGAAAGUUUGUCUCCAGGGGUUUAAGUGGUUUUGUACUCUGCGGUGUAGUUCACUGCGUGCUAAGUUGAAUUGUUGUUGUUGUGAUUCAGAACUCAUAAAGAAAGGGAAUGGUAGCAUGGAUGUUGGCUUUUUUUAGUUAUUAAUUUGGUAUCAGACUACUGUUUGAGGGGAAACCAUCAAUGGCUAAUUGACUUUAAUGUCUUUGGAUUCUGUAAAUUUGUAGCCUUGAAUAUGGGUUAAUAUUAAUAUCUAAGUGUUCAACACUGACCUUUUAUGUAAAAUAACAAACAUCCUAUUUGAGCAUCAGUUAUUUUUUUCUGAAUGAUUUAACAUAAUUUAUUAAGCUUAUCCUUUCAUUUAAUCAAAAAACCUAAGUAGAAUUGCACUAUUGUAAAGGAUUUGCUGUAAUAAAACAGGUGCUCAAUUGUCUUACUCCCAAGCUCUCUUACUGACAAGGCUGACUAUUUUGAAAGGGACAGUAUCCAAAGAGUUUUAACCUGUUUUUAACCGUUACCCUGUUUUGCAUUUAGUAUUUAUUGAGUUUUAAACAUAAUUUUAAAAAGAUUUUCAGUGUUUUAGUAAAAAUAUUUAGAAGUGUAUACUUUUAUGGUUGGGUUUUACACUGUUGUUUUAUAAAUUUUGGUGGUUGGAUAAAGAUCAACAUGACAGUGGCAACAUGACUUUCUUCAAAGGUAAAUGUACAAUAUAAGUUAUGAUGUUUAAUUUUAAUAUGUGCCUAUACCACAUUGAGCAAUGUGUAUGUGCAUCUAUCUAGUUGACAGUUUGGAGAAUUACUAUGCGAUUUUCACACAGGUGAAUGAGAAUUACAGAUGGAUUGAGACAGCAAAUGAUGAUAAUGAUUUGAAGUAUAGAAAUGAUUGUUGUGAAGAAGGGAUACCCUGGAAAAGCAAGACAUUUUUAAGUGCAAUUUAAGGUGGCUUUCUCUUGUGCAAUACAAAAAACCCCACUCUGAGUAAAUUGAUAACCCAGAUUAAUUAAAGAAUAAUACCAAAAGUAACGACAAAAAAAAAAAGAAAAUACAAAAAAUACAGCUCUCGAGAACAAGGACACUCAACAAUAGCAAAAUAUAUAAUUGUUUAGGAUAUUAAGGCCUCUUUGAAACAGUAUAAUUUAAGAUCACUAGUUUCAACACCUAAUGGUAGUUUUCAGAAGAGAUCCUGUCACAUGUGUUAUUGGUCUGGGGUUAUGGUAUGAAAGGCCCCUAAUAUUAUUAGAACUCUUUACAAUAUAGGAAGAAGGGGGUUAAAAACAAUUUUGCUAAAGAAAAUCCUGUGGAUAUUAUUUUGAUUUCUGGUAAACUUUAAGAGAAUUAGGAACAAAGUUUUAUAAUUGUCAAUAAUAAAAUACAUACUUGUGCAUAUA